AAAACUGUGAUAUAGUAUCAAUAAAGUUAUCGUUUAGUUUAGGUUUCCUUCUGCAAUACUGUAACACUGGACGAAUAAGGAAUGAGUAGUGUUUCUGGCUUACAAAUUUGUUUUAGAUUUUUCUGAAAUCAAACUUGGGUUCGUGCAAUUUUGUAAUCACGCGUUUGAUUUCAAAUCAAAUUGCACUCCACUUACGAAACGUGUUUCUGCUGGGGUCUACACCGUAGGCUACAAUCCACUCACUUCAAUUACCAUUAUAUGUCAUAGUUCCGUAUGGAUUACGCAAUCUACCUCGUCAAAUGGUGGAACGACGUUCCGAAGUGGACAAGGUGCUGGGGUUACUUACGAAGGGGAAUAAAGUGGGCGUGGUCGGGAGUCUUAGUGGCGACGUCAUUGGUAUCCGCGGUAUGGGGGGCCUCGGCAAGACCGUCUUAGCACAGGCUGUUGCUUUGGAUGCCUCAAAGUCACGUCAGGUUAUCUGGCUUGACAUUGGUGAAACCCCAGACCGCUUAGCACUGAUCAACGUCCUCAUUAAAGUACUUGGGGGAACUGUGUCGUUCAGUGAUAUCCCUGCCGCGCAAUCCUGGAUAAAAGCAGAUACGGUAUGUAUGCAUUUAAUGUUGUUUGUAAUUCUCAUUAAUAUAAAGCAAUGUUACACGAAAUGAUUUUCAUUGAUUCUGCAACGCGCGUUGCUGUAAGAAUUGUUGUUGAAAAUUGUCUCAUGUAACAUCAUCUUUAUGGAAAUCAUGACCGUGAAGGAGCUCGUAUAUUUAAUACAAAAUACUUUUGUUUUACGUAAAAUUUAAUUUCCAUUCUGUUGCCAAUAUUAUUCAUAUCUUUAAGAAAAUUUAGAAACUACAAACAUUUUCAUCAAGACGAAUCACAAGCUACCCCUGUAUGCACAACAUUCCAGCAUUCACGUCCUUGUUGUAUGAUUUAUACAACCGCUGUCGUGUUUGUAUGCGGCUCUCUUAUUCUCAUGCUGCAUAUUAAUAUUACAUGCAUGUACUAUUCACAACUUGAGCGCCCGUGUUGUGUAUCGGACAUAUAAACUCGAGCCAAAAAUGGUUUGUGAAACGUCUUAAUGAGAACUUUCGUAUACUUUAACAAUUUAAAAUGAAUGAAUGAUAUUUGGCGGAAACUUAAAGUUGAUGUAAAUCUUAAUGAUUUUGUAUCAGAUACACAAACUCUUUCACGGUCACGAUUUCUUUUUGUGUUUUUUUUUUCAUGAAUUAUAAAUAAGUUUGACAAAUAGACUUGCGGUAUACAUGUGCAUCGUUUUGUCCCGAAAGCCCUGCAGGCCAGACGAGGAUGCGAGUUGAUGAGAGUUGGCAAGCGUACGAGAGUUUGUGCACGAAAGUUUUCUCAACUCUCAUGUCCCGGUCAAACGAGAACAAGAGUUGCGUGAGAGUUGAUGUCGGUUGACUAGAUAUUGCCAGGCCUCCUUCAAUGGGGAAAGUGGGGUGAGUUAUAAUUUUCCGAAGUUAUUAGCUUGGUCUGUAUUAGCCUAUGCAUGUACACGCGCACACUUACUAAACUUUGGUUAACAGUGCAUGCACGCGGAUUACGCAAAAGUCUCCACUUUCGAAAUAAAAGCUGUCCGAUCUGUCGAUUAAACUUAACUGUUUUUAGCUACACCAAGUUGUAGGGGGGUCCGCGAAAAAUUUUGAAAUCUAGAGUCUCUGAAAUGGCAUUACUCUCGUUCUUGGGAAGAUUUCAAAUGACUACCUCAACGAUUGAAACUGAUCUGCCUAACCUACUGUAACCGCGCACAACAACUGUUUCCAGCCAUGACCGCUAUCAAAAACCAGUUCGUCUGGAUUUAUAUAGGCUGUUGUGCUGUUUUGGAUUUUUAAAUUACCGGCUACGGCUGCAUAGAGUACAUUUUCAAGAUGUCUAUUUACCUGGCGGUUUGAAAUAUUAAGGUGUAUUUUAAAUCCACGUUUGUUUUCAACUGAGAUACAGCUCUAUUUUUGCCAAAUAUUGAUUGACAACAAUUCGCCGACUCGUUGCUGCACCUCUGGAUGUUGCUGCGAGUAGCAAAAAUUCUCAUCAAAAUUUGAACCAGCUCAAAGUUGAUGAGGGGCGAUGAGAGUUGCUGUCAUACGCAAGCGAGAGUUGCAAGUCUCGUCUAAUCUCAUCCUCGUCUGACGUACUUCAAUUUUCCCAAACAAAUGAUCAAAAAGCAUCAGCAGAUAUUGUUUCAUGGCUAGUUUCCAAUGUAUUGCAGAGUGAUAAAGAUUGUUUGGUCGUUCUUGAUGACGUUUGGAGUGUUGACGACGCUGCUGUGUUUGAUCGCCUAUCUGGAGAAUGCCAAUUAUUAAUAACUACUAGAGAUGUGAACGUUGUCCACGGCUUAGGAGGUUCUGCCUACGAACUCGAAACUAUGACACAUGAUCAAUCCCGAGCGCUCUUGUAUGAAUAUGCCGGUGUGACGCCAGGUGAACAGUCUAAGUUAAGUUCAAACAUGCAACUAAUUGUUUCAAAAGUGUUGGUCCAGUGCCGAGGAUUACCGCUGGCUCUGUCUUUAGUGGGCUCAAAUUUAAUCCAUUCUCGCACCGAACAGGAUUGGCAGGACAUUUUAGAGGAUUUGGAAAAUGCUGACUUGGAAAGAUUGCGUUCACUGUUUUCCACUGACGCUUAUCCUCAUCGUAACCUCUUAGCAGCCAUUGAUGUAAGCUUCCAACGCUUAGAAGAGAGUGCACGAGAGAAGUUCCUAGAUUUUGCUAUAUUUCCAGAAGAUAUAGAUAUACCGUCAGAUAUACUCGAGCUGUUUUGGUCUUCCAUAGGGACCGAUAAGGAGAAAAUUGCGUGCAACCCUCGAGAAAGCAGAUAUAUACUUGCUGUAUUGGAGAGCAAAUCGCUGAUUCAAAAAGGUAUAUAGGGGAAGAAGAGAUUUUGGAGGGAAGGGGGGGUACUACAUAUAUAACAGAUUGCCAAGUAAAUUUUUUUAAAGGCCUAUGCGUAAGAAAUUCGGGACAGGGCGUUUGCCGUGACGAGACGAUAAUCGGAAUCUCCGCAUGUAAACAUUUCUUUCGUAUUUAUCGCAUUCUGUUAAUGAUAUGAUAUUUAACAAAUAUAAAACAUUUCCCGUGUUGAUAUACAGUUAUAUCAACACGAGUGGAAUUGGGAAAACGAGAAAUUGUGUGGAAACACAACGCCUGGAGGGCGGAGUGUUAUGCUUUUCCAAACGUGACGAUAAUAUCAAGUCGUU